CUGGGACUUUCAGUGCUGUGUGAUCAUAAAACGGUGUUAGACGUGUUCCGGCCUUCAGCUGAACAGCAAAAAAAGGGAACCCUGAAUCACAGGCAAGAGCUAAAGUUCAGUGAUACAGACAAAUGGAUAUUAUUAUAGCAGUGACAAGAACUCAAGUGCUCGAUAAACACAUUCCCGACCAAAGAAAACAGAAACUCAGUGGAAUCCAAAGUGUUUAAUAACAAAUUGUGCACCAGUGAACAGCAGUGUGUAAACAAGGCGGCAGAAGUUUCCACCAAAAGGCAAAAUCAUAAUCGAUCGCCCACAAUUGAUACAGCACUCAGAACCAUGAAAUUAAGACUUUUGCGGUGUUUGCGCCAGCAGCCGGCGAAACCAGCGGCGGUAAUGGCCCAAAAGGAGGAUCAGUUCCCGGUGCCACUUGACCACCACGUGCUCAAGGACAUGUCCAAGGGCGCGAGGGACACCACCGUCAAGAUCCUGCUCCUGGGCACCGCCGAGUCCGGCAAAACUACCAUCAUCAAGCAAAUGCGGAUACUGCACAUCAACGGAUUCACCGACGAUGAGCGGCGGGAGAAGAUCCCCGAGAUAUACCAGAACAUCCACGAGUCCAUCCUGCAAUUGGUGGGCCAGAUGGAGGCGCUGGGAAUCGACUUCGGCAGCUGUACCAGCGAACGAUCGGCGGACUAUAUCCUCUCCCUGCCCGGAUCGGCCCCCGAAUAUAUGAAUGAGGAGUACUGCGACCACGUCACUACUUUGUGGAACGAUGUGGGUAUUCGCGCCUGCUAUGAUCGCUCAAAUGAGUUUCCCCUGCUGGAUAGUGCAAAAUACUUCCUCGACAACUUUGUGCGGAUCAGCGAUGCCGAGUACAUUCCCAGCACCGAAGACAUCCUGCACAGCCGGAAGAUCACCACCGGCAUCUCGCAAAUCACGUUUCGCGUGCCCAUUCCCAAGUGCAUGGGUGGUGGCGAACAGCAGUUCCAGAUGUACGAUGUGGGAGGCCAAAGGGAUCAGCGGAAUAAGUGGAUUCAGGUGUUCGAGGGCAUACAGGCCGUCUUGUUCCUGAUCUCGUGCAGCGAAUUCGAUCAGAAUCUGCGCGAGGAUCCCACCCAGAAUCGGUUGCAGGAGGCGCUGAAGUUGUUCAGGGCCGUGUGGCAGAAUCGCUUCCUCGCCUCCGCCGGACUGAUCGUGUUCCUCAACAAGUACGACAUCAUGGAGCGGAAGAUCCGGGCCGGCAAGCACAUCGUGGACUACUUCCCCGAGUACGAGGACUUCUGCAAGAGGCCGCAGCAGGACAAUUGCUUCGGCGAGAGUGACUGGACCAAGAUGUUCAUCAAGCAGAAGCUGGUGGAUAUCACACAGGAGCCAUUCAAGCGCCACUCGCGGAAUCAGGUGGAUCUGGGAACAUCGGAAAGGGAGUGCUACUACCACUUCACCGUCGCCACGGACACCAGAUGCAUCCGCGAUGUCUUCUGUGACGUCCAGAAGAUGAUCCUCUCGGAGAACGUGUCCAGCAUGGGCCUCUUCUAGUCCUGAUCUCGUAGCGGAUCGGCGAGCUUCUCAAUAAGGUUAAGGGAGGGCUGUCCUCAGGCCCCCACCAACUGUGAUCUAGUCUGAUAUGACUUAAGUAGCCAUGUAGGACCUUAGAUCGUAGUGGCAACAGUUGCAUGUUGCACAUUGCCUGGUACAACGCUUUAAAAUAUUUAACUGCAAGUGUGUAGAGGAGAAAUCCUCGCACCAAAUGCUCUCACUACUCUUUCAACUAAUGUCUAAACUCUAAGAGAAUAUAACUUAUACAAUAAAACCAAAACCUAGGCAGACAAA